ACUGUGCUGAGACGGACAGGCACUACUGUAACAUCCACUCUCAGAUUUGUGAUGCCGCAUCAACAGCUAGUACUUGUCUUUGGAAUAUCACUAGCUAGUGAUAUAUGUGCAUUUAGAAGCUGUUAUUCAGAAGGCCAAGUCUCCCUGUAUUAUUAUUGCAACCUCACAGAUAUUCCACUUGUGCCAAAGGAUAUGGUGAAGCUUUUCCUAACUUUCAACUAUAUCAGACAAGUGACUGCAACUUCAUUUCCACUGUUGGAGCACUUGUUGGUGUUGGAAAUUGUAACGCAAUAUGUCUAUCCUGUUACCAUAGGAAAAGGAGCUUUGAACCUGCCAAACCUUCGUGCCUUAGACUUGGGAUUCAAUAAGAUUCUUCAACUGCAUCUUGAUGCUUUUGUGGGCUUCCAAGUCCAUCUAUUUCAGAACUACCUUGGAGAUUCCAUCCUGGAGGAAUGUAACUUUCAAGAUUUGAGCUCGUUAGAACUGGAUCUUUCAGGGAACCAAAUCACAAAACUUCAGCCUCAUCCCUUAUUUUAUAAUCUAACAGUCUUGAAAUAUGUGAACUCGAAAUUCAACAAGAUAUCCAACCUUCUUAGCAGCUUCUGAGGAAAGCACUUUUUAUUUUUUAGCCUCCGUUCUAAUAAUUUGUACAAGACAGAUGAAAUGGCCUGGGCCAAAUGCCCAAAUUCUUUUAGAAAUAUUACGUUUAACUCACUAGACCUUAGUGACAACGGUUGGAGCACAGAUAAAGUCCAGUAUUUCUGUAAGGCCAUUAAAGGGACUCAAAUCGGUUCUUUAAUAUUUAGGUCUCAUACAAUGGGUUCAGGAUUUGGCUUUAAUAACUUAAAAAAUCCAGAUAAGGAUACAUUUGCAGGACUAGCAAGAAGUGAUCUUCGUUUGCUUGAUGUUUCAAAUGGUUAAAUUUUCUCUCUAAAUUCUUUAACCUUUCAAAGCCUUGGUAAUCUGGAAUUGCUGAACCUUUUCAAAAACAAGAUAAAUCAAAUCCAAAGGCAAGCAUUUCUUGGCUUGGGAAACCUAAAAACUCUCAAUCUCUCAUGUAAUCUUUUAGGUGAGUUGUACGAUCAUACUUUUGAGGGUCUACAUAAUGUAAUAUAUAUUGAUUUACAGCAAAAUCAUAUUGGGAUGAUUGGUGAAAAAUCAUUCCAUUACUUAACAGGUCUGAAAAUAACUGAUCUCCGAGACAAUGCUAUUAAAAAACUCCCUUCCUUUCCACAUCUGACCUCUGCCUUUUUAGGUGACAAUAAGCUGUCUGUAGUUGGCACAGCAAUAGCAGCAACAUACCUUGAAUUAGAAAGAAAUUUGUUGGCAAACCUGGGUGACCUGUAUAUUCUUUUCCAAGUUCCAGAUGUGCGGAAUAUCUUCUUAAAACAGAAUCGCUUCUCUUACUGUGUGAAAAGUGAUAAUGUUAUAGAAAACAAUCAGUUAAUCUAUAUGGAUCUAGGUGAAAAUACGUUACAGCUUGUGUGGGAGAGAGAUUUAUGUUUGGAUGUGUUCAGGGCACUGUCCAAACUUCAGGUUCUACCUCUGAAUAGCAACUACCUCAGUGAUCUUCCACAGGAGAUUUUUAGAGGUCUAAGAUCCCCAAAAAGACUUAAUCUAGCUUCCAACCUAUUGUCUCAUCUUUCUCCUGGGCUUUUUCCACAAAGCCUAACAAACCUAAACUUACCUGGAAACCAGCUUUUUUCCCCUGGGCCUGAAGUCUUUAUGACUUUGAGUAUUCUGGGUAUAACACAUAAUAAGUAUGUCUGUGAUUGUACUUUAAAGAGCCUACUAGUGUGGCUAAAUGAAACCAACGUAACGCUAGCUGGCUCACAAUCUGACAGGUCCUGUGUAUACCCACCUGCGUUUGCAGGGAUACUGCUGUCGUCUCUGAUGUAUGAUGGUUGCAAUGAAGAUGAACUCCAGCAGACGCUCAGGUUCUCAGUAUUCAUCUUCACCGCCAUCACUCUUCUAAUGUUUCUGAUGGCAGUCAUUUUUACUCGGUGUCGGGGAACUUGUUUUGUCUGGUAUAAAAUUAUCACAAAAAAAAAGAUAGACAGCCAUCCACAAGUAACAGAUAAAAGUGAAUACAGAUAUGAUGCGUAUUUGUGCUACAGCAAAAAUGACUUUGAAUGGGUCCAGAAUUCCUUGCUAAAGCACCUGGAUUCACAGUAUUUUGAUAAAAGCAGAUUUACCUUGUGCUUUGAGGAAAGAGAUUUCUUGCCUGGAGAAGAACAUAUCAACAAUAUUCGUGAUGCCAUCUGGAAGAGCAGGAAAACAAUUUGCAUUGUGACCAGGCAGUUUCUCAAAGAUGGGUGGUGUGUGGAAGUCUUUAAUUUUGCCUAGAGCAGGUACUUUUGUGAUGUGAAAGAUGUCCUCAUUAUGGUAGUGGUUGGGUCACUUUCUCAAUAUCAACUGAUGAAACACAAACCAAUUUGAAACUGUUUACAAAGGAGUCAGUGUUUGCGGUGGCCUGAAGAUUAUCAAGAUGUAGACUGGUUUUUAAGUAACCUUUCUUGCCAAAUUCUGAAGGAAAAAAAAGUGCGAAGGAAAGCUAGCACUAUAGAGCUGCAGACUGUAGCAACACUCUCACAUUGA